UGGAAGAUGAUCAAAACAUCAUGGCGGCGGAACGGUGUUUUUAACCUUUUUAAUUACCUUGCAAUAACGCGAUAAAAUGUCAGAAAAUACCAAGAAACAAGUAAGAGUUUACCAUGGGGUAACUAAAAAUAUAUUUAACGCUGAAAUUUCUGCUAAACGCGAGCCUGCUAUUUUACGAGGCCUCGACAUUGGAAGUGCGUGCAGCAAAUGGAGUCCAGAAUAUCUAGCGCAGUGUGGCGGAGAAAAGACGGUCAAGAUUCAUGUAUGUCCCACUGGAAGGAUGGAUUUCAUUCACAAAAACUUUGUUUACAAGUAUGGCUUUCUCAAUGCUUUUGCUUACUUUUAAGCCGACCCAAAGUCGAGAGCACCUUUUAUAAUGUAAAGGUGUUUACCUUAGUUUGUGAUUUAACCUUACGCGUAAUUCUUUCUUUUAACCUUACCCGUAAUUCUGAAUGUUGUUUUCCUAGCUGCAUGCGAAAUUCUCUGAACUUGAACAGCAGACAAAACUACAAAUUUUUCUUAAGCCUAGGGCCUGUUUCUUUUGUCUGGGGUAUAAUUUUUCAGUUAAGUGACUUCAAAUUAUGCAAUCUUAAAUACUGUAAGUGGAGAGAAAUGGUCAGUUUUAGCAUUAUCUCAUACUUCUCUGUUGCUCUAAUUGCAGAGUUUCACGUCAUUCUUAUCUAAAAAAAAUACAACUUCUACUAUCCAGAUUUGUUUCUCCUUAAUAUAUAUUUUUGGUGUAGCCAUGACGAGUAGAAAACACAAUAAAUAUGAGGGGUCACCGUUCUCAUUUCAUCACAAAACGACAACGAAGAGACAAAUUCAACUUCAAAUGAUCAUUUUUUAGGAGGGGACUAGGGCGAGUCUCAACACAAACUCUUUUUUAGCUGGUUAGAGUUAUCAAAAUCACCAUUAAAAGCACUGGGGCUACAAGAGGGGCCUUAAUUACCUCUUUUUAGACGACCUGCGAAAAUCAUCAUCACCUUUUGAAGUUGCAGUGUUAUGGGCACUAGGUGAUGCGCAGUGCCAAACAAGGGAAUUACCUUAACAUCUAAACUUUGUAUACAUGUAUUAUAUCUUGUUGAAAAGAAGCCUCACUUAAGUCCCUAUUUUUUACUUUUAUUUUAUCACUACCCUUUCAGAACCCUUCCAUUUAACCAGUUUGUUGAGCGAGCUAGCGAAGAUGUCCAUGGAGAAUAUUUCAUUUGUCCAGUAAGUUUACCAGAUAAACUAACAGGUUAAAACAAUAUUGUUUUUGUCCUCUUCACUCCAAUAUCCUUAUUUGCCACCUACAAUGUACCAACAAGGUGGUCUGAAACUUCAGCUGUCCUCUUACCCAAACCUUUGCUUACUUGCACAAGAAACCUUGCCCCACUUUGUCUUUCUUCAACCAGGCCCCGGGUUGUUCAAAUGUUGUAUAGCACUAUCCAAAGGGUAAGUAUUAUGGGGACCAAUUGCAUUAUCCAGUGGAUCGAUAGUGCUUUGUCAAGUGGAUAGUGUUAAAUCCACCUCAGUGUGAACAUCUGGGGCCAGAUGAAUAAAAAUACUGCUUGGGGGAGGGGAGGGUAGCACUGCAAUGGACCGGUAUCCCAUCCAUGGAGGGAGGAUAGAACUAUUCACCACAUGGCUCAUGCAUGCAGACUUAACCUACCUACCUAAUGCUAUACAUCCCAAAACCAUAGCUUAGUUUGACGACAGCUAUAAUAUGGGACUUCUUCAAUUUCAAUUAUUAAUCAUAAUGCACUUCAAGCAUAUGCAUUUCUUCAAUUGUUAAAUAUUUAAUAACAGCACUUCAAACUGCAUUAGUUGCUUGCUCAUUAACUCAAAAUGUGUAUGGUAAAUGUAAAUAUUUUAGUGAACCAUUAUGUUUUACUUUUAAUUUUCUACUCUUAUUCUCACUGUCUUGGCCAUCCACCUCGAUGGAAAUUUGUUACUGGCUCUGUUAAUGAAAUUGCUAUGUUCUUCUUCCCCUGCCAUUGCAAUGCACAUUUGCAUUUUACAUGAUUGUAUUUUUUUCAAUUAUUCCAGUUCAUCACAAGUAUUCUCUAGGCAAUAUAAAGUUGCUUAGUCUGAAUUAUUACUCUAAUUCAAAAUUCAAAAGUGUGAGUGUGAACUUUUGUGAGUGAAGAUUAAUUUGUUUUCAAUUUGCUGCUUUUGUUGUUGACUUUGACUGAAAAUGUUACCAAUUGUGAAGGUAUAGCACAUGGGUGAAAAAAGACUUGGAGAAACUAAGUGAUAGAAGAAAAAUAUUUUCCCUUUUAGGAAGAAAAAUAUUACUUGAGAUCCAUUGGAGAUGAUCCAAGGAAGGUGAGAAGCAGUAUUGAUAAGAAUUAAAGAAUGUCUCCCAAAUAAAUGGUCAACUUACGUGUACACACUAUGUAUUUUAGUACAGAGGUGAUAAAUUAUCUAAUGUGGCAAUGAACUUGUCAUGAUAAAAAUGCAAAAGGUCAUCCUAUUGAGAUGUUAACAUUUUGACAAAACACUUGUGUCAUUGACUUUUAAUACUAAUCCACUUACAUUUAUGCAGGGCUCGCAAAUAGUCCCAUCCAGUAGUCUGGGACAAGUAAAUUUUCCUUCCUUGGAAAAUAACUUUUAUAGGUUACUUGCCCAAUGGGCAACAGUCCAGAGUACAAAUUAUCUUCUAACAAAAUCACUAGCUGAGAUGAGCAAGCAGUGGCCACAGCCAAAUGAAAUGUGACAGCUGUUUCCCCAAAACACAAGCUUGAAUUCAAUUUUCAAGCCCAGCAUACAUGACUAAAAGAUUUCUAUGUACUGGGCAUAAAAUUUGUAAUCACUGCAAUUUCUGCUUUAUUGUCUAGGACAUAUCAGACAUAGCUGUGCAGUUUCCUAAACUAGCUCAGGAUAUUAAAAUACCAAAACUCUACCCUGAGGACAGAUUCUUUUCCAGCGUGUUUCGAAUAAGCUCCUCUAAUGGCCAGCUGUGGACUCAUUAUGAUGUAAGUAUUCAUAAUCCAUUAUUAGGGAGCUUAUAAGCAACGACAACAGCGAUGGCAACGAGAUUGGCAAAAAAGCAAUAGGUUUAGAUUCAGGGGCGUAGCUAGGGGGGUCCUGGGGUGCCCGUGACCAUGUUGUACUUACAUAACAUCGAGUGCAUUGGUCUAGGAAAUCGCCGUUGAUUUGCUUUGGUACUAUGGGGCGUCGCGAGCAAAAAGAAAGAGAAAGACAACGGGCAGCGGCUUCAUGCCAAAUGUUAGAAAGAUUUCUGUCAAAAAAGUCGAAAACAGGUGAGGUAUCUUCAGAGUUAAAUGAUAGUUCAGUUCAGAAUGAGAUGCAGCCAUCAUUACAGACUACUCCUGUUACGGACACCUCACCCCCCAGUACAAGUCAAGAAUCUGUAUGGAAUGAUUAUGAUGUCUGUCAGCAUUAAGAGACCAGCAAGGUAGAUAUUGGUGAAAUCUUUUACAAAGCGAAAACGCCCAAGGAAUUUUCUUACGCAAUGAAGACUACUCCUUUGGACUUGGACACUGUAGUAGACUGUUAUGCUCGGCUACACCCCCCGUCGACUUCAACUGGAAAAUCUUCUUCAAUAACGGUAAGUUUAAUUUUGUGUGACACUGUUAACAUGAAAGGUCCGUUUUAAGCGAAAAAGAACCCACCCAGGCAAAAACCAGCCUACGGGCCUGAUAUAUAUGAGUCCUAUGGGGCAGUUCUCGGGUUGGUUCCCAGUCGUUUUUAGUCGGGAGCUCGACGUUCCAAACGCUGCAAUUACGAGGUGAAACACUAAGCUUUUCUCAUAGGAUGACGGAAGCCAUGCGAUUCCAGAACGUCAAUUAUUUGUACUGUCGGCAAGCUGCUUAAUUAGAGCCGACGGCUCAGAAUCCAUGUGAUGGGAAAAUGGCGUUGAUGGUUAUUGUAAUUCAUAUAUUUUGCUCCUGAUUUUGCCUAACAUCAGGGCGGGAAAUCGGCUCCUGCUAACAUACAUUGUUGUUAUUUCUUUCGUAAUAAGCUGUAGCUCGGAGAACCCUUACUAUUGCAGAGAAUGCUACUAAUGGAUCCCGUCGUUGAAAGAUAACCGCGAUUAGCAAAAACUAUAAAACUCUCUCAGCGCCUCGAUAUAACUGUCACUGUUGGUGUUGACCUUUUUAACAUUUUCUUUCGAAGUUGAAGCAUAAAGUUCCCUUUAAUUCCUGCAAGAAAACUCACUUUGAAUGCUUAGUGAUGUCAGCUUGACUAAUGCUGGAAAAUUUCCCGGGAAGUAUAAAAAAGCAAAGCAAAAAAUUAAAGUUAACGCACACGCAGAAGAAAUAUUUCAUUUUUCAAAAAGAGGCCAUUUAUGCCAGUGCCGGUACCUUUUAGUCCCCUUGUUAUCUCAACCUCGUCCCCAGGGCACUUUUCACUGGCUUUGGAGGUGGGGCGCUGACAGCGCGCCCACCUCUAAAGCCAGGGAAAAGCGCCCUGGGGACGAAGUUGUUGUUAUCUUUGAUCUGCGUCAUCCCGGCCCAAUAAUUAGUUUUACAUCUCGAGUACUAUACUUUUCUUAAGGUCUCGGUAAAGGAAAACGAGGUGCCCACAGAAAAAAAUUCUAGUCGCGCGAGUAUUUUCGCUACAAAGGCAAGUUAUAUAUCAAAUUAAAGCUAAAAGACUAAAUUACCUUAUGAAAGAUUUUAUUUCAUCGAAUUUCAAAAGGCGCUUAAGUUUUUUGCUCUCGAACUCAGAGGUAUCGAGUUUACUGCUGAAGCUCCAGCCCUUUCGCGUUGUUAAAUAUUCACUUCCUUUUUAUUGCAUCUGAUUGACAGAUAAAAGACCUAAAAAAGGGUGUGAGGAAAUUUUGCAUAUGUCUCGUAUUAGCGGAAUUAUUGCAUUUCAAACAAAAAAGUCGAAUCUCGAGCGCGAUUUACGCAAAGAAACUGGCAUAAAAUGAGUUACAAAGGGAAAUCGGAAAAUUCCUCACACUCUUUUUGAGUCUAUAUCAUUAUCCAUCAUAUCUGAAAGUUUCAAAGCGAUAGCUUAAAACCUGUCCCGACUGGAGGUCGGAGAAUUUUGAUUUUUGCGUCUAAAAUAGAGUGAGAGAAAAUCAGCUCUAAAGAUUUAGCGCGAGGUCCACGCUUGGCUGGUUAGCUCAGAAAAGGCCCAUUUUAGAAGGGUUAAAAAGCACUUUCUGAUUUUCUUUUUCUUCCAAAAUAAAAUUUAGGACCCACUCAUGCCAAAAAUCCCAAAAAAACAAAAUCGAGCAAUGUACUAAAAUUUUCAUUUACCGAGACCUUAAGAGCAAGUAGAGCAAGGCAUAGACGGUCCAAGGACAACAAACCCAAUUUCGGAUCACACAUAGAGCUCGCUCUUUCUUAUGCAAACAAAGUAAACAGGCCAUGGGCUACCGACAGGCGACAAACGCAUGGCCUCGCUAACCGCGCCUUGACAGAGGACUAAUAACAUUCAAUAACCAUCAACUGACGUGAUACAACUCACUUUAAUACCGUCAAGUUGUAGAAACUUCAGCCACUGUCGACAACAACAGUCCUGUUCAGGACUACGUUCACCCCGACGAUGAAACUCAACCUCUUAUUUCUUUUCAAUGACAAAACUAAAAAAUCUGACACGAUGGAACUGGAAAAAAAAGUUUUACCACACAUUUAGACAGCGUACCGCCAACUGUUCAAACCCGUUCAACAUGUGACCAAACAACCACAUACAGUAUUGCAAAAGCUGCUUUAAGGAGAAUAACUAAAUUCUGUUAAAGCCUUUCAAAAAAGCGCCCUAUUCAAGACCCAACUAGUGACUUGUUUACCCUGUGUAUCUCCCAAGACCCUCAAAAACCAAUGAUUAUUUAGCGGCAAAUCCCUGUUUAAGCCAAACGUAUAAGGGAUUGCGAACUCGCGUAUACCAAUCAACAUCCACCCGAAAAACCUUGGCUAGAGUUAGCCAUUUCUCAUUUUUUUGUUCCGGGGUCUCUAACGCAGCCACGUAUUCCGGGUCCAUGAUUUUUGAAAUUUAACUUGAACAUACCCUGUGCCAUGUACGAGCAAUACACAGCCUUUUGAACCAAGAUUUAUCAAGCUUUGUGGAAAUUUGGUCCUCGAACACGUGCGCACAAGCGCUACAGAAACAACAGACACGUGCAGAUUAAGUUUGUUUUUAGCUUUAACUGACAAUGAGAUUAGCAUAUCUUUAAACAAAUUAGCGUAUCUUAAAAGCAGUUGCCGGUGUAAAAAAUAUUUUGAGACUAAGAUAAGUAUUAACAAGUUAUCGUGACAUUUAUCUGAUAAGUUUACUUCUGUAACUUGAUUCUUGAUUGCGGGCCUACUGUUGUUGUUGAACGUGCGUGACCUGUAAAUUCCAAUGUCGACAGUCAAUUAUGGUAGUCUUUACACUAGAGCCUAAAUAAGCUAAGAAAUAUUUCAAGACAAGUAAAUUUUAAUUACUUCAGGUAAAAUAAAGCUUCACACACAACCGAUUCUUUUUUACUUCAGGUUAUUUUCUCACGCAUCAAAAUUAAGAUUGAGAUAGUUUAAUAAAAAAUACAUUGCAGCCCGAAGGCUGAAUUACGUAUUUACAAAUGAUUGAACUGAUAAAAUGUGUAUAUAAAACUAAGUACAGUAAAUAUAAAAGUAUAAAAAAUAUGAUAAAAGGACUGAAAAUCUACGUAUAUAUAUUAUCGAUGCAGGAUCUAAUAAUAAAACUGUCCCUAAAACGAUCUGUCUUGCAUUUAGGUACGAUGAAGCGCCUGUUGCACCUUAGGGCAUAACGUGACGGUCCACUAAAUUGUAUUAACCUGUUCAGACGGUGUUCAGGGUCCUUUAUAAUGGUGUCGCACCAACUCGUCUUUUAGGUACUUUGGCAAGGCAUAAAAAAAAGGCAGGUGCUGCGUAAGUAAGAACAGCGCGUAUACAAGCAGUGUAAAAGGUAGACAUAUCAUGCCGAGGAACUCAUGAUCUUUUUAACUGCACUAAAAAAUACAGACGCUUUGACGCUUUCUUGAUUACGUCACUAAUAUGUUCGUUCCACGUAAGGUUGCUCGAUAUGGUCAGACCUAGUAGUUUCGCACUAGUCCCUCUCUCUAGUUCUUUACCAUCUACUACAAUAGGCACAAACUGGGGCUCAUUCUUUACAAAAGAUAUUCUGAGUUGAUUGACAUGUCUCGAAUUUGUCAAAGCUCAAGAAACCGCAAAACCGCAAGUCAGCUAAGUCGGUCAUAAAGGGUGGUUUUCAAGUCGCUUCAAAUUUUCUUGAAUCGUGUCAACUUUCCGCCUUUAAUGAGAUGCAAAGCAAAGUUACUUGAGAUUUUACUUAGGCCUUCACACACGAAUUUUUGGUUAAGUAAAACUUAGCGGCUCUUAAGUCUUACUUGACAGCCUUGUGUAAAGACAGCCAAUAUCAUGGUUGAAAGCCGCAGCCAUUACGGAAAGAGAACGAACCAAAAAAACUGCCACUAGAACAGAGACAGCUAAAAUCGUACAUGCGAAGCUGAUUUAACCAUUACAUGGCAUGGACAUACGACCGUUAAUGGAAGAUGAUGAAGAGGAACGUAGUUUAGUGGGAAAUGAAGAAUGUAGCAUUGAUGACGUUGGAGGAGAGGAUAAUUACGAAGAAAACAUGGAUGACGAGGAUGAACUUAAUUCAGAAAGGAGUCCAUUUCUUGAAGCCGUAAAUGAUACAACAGCAGUUCAAAUCAAGCGAAGAAUUGGUCUCGUCCACGCGAUCGCCAUUGUGGUAGGGGGAAUAAUCGGGUCGGGAAUAUUCAUAUCCCCCCGGUACGUUGUUCUACAUGCCGGAUCCAUGGGAGAGACUCUGUUAAUAUGGACGUUUGGCGGUGUUCUGAGUCUUUUGGGAGGACUUUGUUACUGCGAGCUUGGAACAUUCAUCGAGAAAUCUGGUGGCGAUUAUAUCUACUUGAAACUCGCUUACGGCCGCUUCAUUGGGUUCUUAUACAGCUGGGUUAAUGUGUGGUUUUUAGACCCCGCUGCUUUUGCCAUACUCAGCCUAACUUUCGCUGUGUAUGCUACUGAGCCGUUCUUUCCCAGCAAGGCAACCGCCGCCAUGGAUAUCGCCUGCGAACCACCAGUUGGCUUAGUGAAACUUUUAGCAUCUUGUGCAAUUUGCAUUUUGACAGCUGUAAACUGCCUCAGUAUUCGCUUGGCUGCCCGAGUCCAAGUACUGUUUACAUCUUGUAAGAUGAUUGCAGUGGCUAGUAUAGUUAUUGUAGCCCUAGUCCGAUUAAUAGCUGGCAACACCAAAGGGUUUGACCCACAGCAUGUUUUUAAUGACAGUGCUAUAAGUCCAGGUCACGUGGGCCACGCCUUCUACAGUGCAAUGUGGGCUUAUGGUGGAUGGAACUCGCUUAACUUCAUCACAGAAGAGGUUAAAAACCCUAAAAAGAACUUUCCAAGAACUUUAGUUAUAUCCGUUCUCAUAGUUACGUUGUCUUACGUCUUGAUAAACCUGGCGUAUUUCAGCGUAUUAACAAAGCAUGAGAUCCUUGCUUCGGAUGCUGUUGCUAUCUCAUUUGCUUCUCGUUUAAGCCCGGUUUUUGGAGCACUUAUGCCUCUUAUUGUGUCUUUAUCGUGUUUAGGUACUCUUAACAUGGGAUUGUUCACCAGUUCAAGGACACUAUUUUCAGUUGCCAGAGAGAAGCAGCUUCCCUCAUUUUUAGCCAUGAUUCACAGGGAAUCUCAAACACCUAUUCCAGCAAUUCUAAUGCGUGCCAUAUUGGCACUUCUUAUGCUCCUCCCCACUAAUAUUGAAAAUCUACUGAACUGGUUAUUGUUUGUAGACUGGCUUAUCUUCUCUGCCAUUUUCAUUGGUUUGAUUUGGUUGAGAAGGAAAAAAGCGGACACACCAAGAUAUUUCAAAGUCAAUAUUGUUAUUCCCUUUUUCAUGGCGGGUGUUUCGUUGUGUUUUACAGCUACACCCUUUUUGUCCAAUCCCUUGGAGUCUGUGUUUGGACUGUCAGUUAUUUUAGCAGGAAUUCCGGCAUAUUAUAUUUUUAUCAAGAAAAACUGGACAUCCAGAUCAAAACGUUUCAAUAAAUUUUUCUCUAAAUUUUCCUAUUACAUUCAGCUCAUUUUUAAUGUACAUGCCAUAGCCGGGUCCUGCGAAAAUUGACCAAUUUUUUUUAUUAUAAUUCAUGACCAGAAUAGUUUAGAAUAGUUUUCCCACAAAGAUCACUUUACACAGAUAUUUUCGAAAAGAAAAGCUAGUAACUGGUAUAUACCAUCUUUACAUGUGAUAACUGAACAUUUUUCAAUAUGGGUGGUCUCAAGAAAAAAUAUUGACAUUUUACAUUGACAUUAUACAAAUUUAUAAUAACUGAUGUAAAUCAAAUCAAUCAGCUGGAUUUAGUUUUAGUUUAUUUUUUGGCUGCCAUUUAUUUGAACAUGGCAGUGUCCAACUAGAAAUCUCUUGCUGCUUUGGACACCACAGACAAUAAUAUGUGUAUAUUACCUCUUCUUAGUCUUAAGAUUACUCAUUAUCCUUUUUUUGCUUUUAUUUGUAAUAUAAUAAUUUUUAUUAUUGUUUUUUAAUGUCCUAUAUAGUGGAAAUAAAUAAAGAAUUGAGAGAAUAAAAUUGCCUUAACAGUGUAUUCACUUGUAACAAAAUUCAUCAAGAACAUAAAUAUCACUUUUGUAAAGUAAAUGAAAUUUUAACAUGUCUACCCCUAUUUUUCAGACUUGCAGACUUGCCCGAGUCUCACAAUAGGCUCUUUGCAUGAGUGUGAUCAAAUGAUCAACUUUAGGUAAACACGAAAACAAUUCACUUUUGAAAAACAAUUUUUUGUUUUUCUCAUACAAAUGCUUCCAACUUUCGGCGACUGUUGCAAUCACUACUUUUGAGAAAUACAGCUGAAAAUUCUCAGGUUACCUAAUUUUAAUAUGCUCUUUCUGCUUGUGCUAACAAAAUUUUCCAAAAGUGAACUGUUUUUGUGUUUAUCAGAGUUGAUCACAUCAUGCAAAGAGCCCAUUUCACUUCUUACAUUUAAGGUUUAGUGAAAGAUGUCAAUGUGUACUAUAGGACAGCUAAAUCCCAAGCCCUUUAUACCAUACAUUUGGGUAGACUAACUAAAGCAAUCAUCAUAAUUACAGUCAAACCAGGUGAAGCGUUCCCGUCGCUAACGAACUAAUAAAUUCAUUGACGGAAAAAUGAUUUCGUUUAUUGAUUCAAUAAUCCAUUCAUAAAAUGAACAAUCCAAUAUUCAUAUUUAGCCUCGAUUCCAUAAUCGAAUGUUGAUUCGAUUACUGUUUUUAGAAAAACUACACUUUUUUUUCUCCUUUUUUUCUUAGAGUCGAGUUCGGGCGAGUUCUGAAUUUCAAACCCAAACAAACUGUUACAUGUACGUCAUUUUGUUUCCAGUAUUCACUGCAACGGACCUGACCUCUUAGGAAACACGAUAGUGAAACUAAGGUCAGUCGUGUAUGUGCGGUGAUUGGUGGAUUUCGAUCCCCGGCCUUUGUCAGUUUCUUUGUGUUUGCGGUCUGUCUCUUCUAGCUGUUAUUUUGAUUAAAGGCAAUUACAAACGCAGUCGUAAACGGCAGGAAAAGGGAAGCAAAGACGAUUGAACUCAACAGACAAGAAUAAAGAACAGGUAGAUUUUGUUAAUAAACCAAAUAAACAUUUAAUUAUUGAAUCGAGGUCCAAUUUGAUUGUUCGAUUAUUCAUUUUAUGAAUGGAUUAUUGAAUCAACAAACAAAAUCAUUUUUCCAUUAAUGAAUUCAUUAGUUUGCUAGUGACGGGAACGCUUGACCUGGUUUGACUGUAACCCAACUUAUUUACUGCGGUCAACAAAAAGCAAAUACACAGCGACCACAGACAAGACAAAAACCAAUGCAACUGCAGAUGUUUGUGGUUUUGCUAACAAAGGUGCAAUAACAAGACAACAGGAUACCACUAACAUGACAACAGGGAUCCCAAUCCAUACUUUGUAAGGACAUAGAUCAUGGGGCUUUUUCCAACGUAGGAUCAGAAGAGAAAGGAAAGUUCCACCAAGGAAAAUCCAAGCCACAAAGCUGAAGCAGGUUAGUAGAGAAUCUAAAUUACCAAUCAUCAACAGGCAGAGGGAUAUAGAUGAUGGGAACAUGAUGGCACGCAAUGGUGUAUUAAAAUGGGUAUUAAUGGUGGCUAGAAAGUGAGGCAUAUGACCUUCCUUAGCAGCUGAACAUACCACUCUUCCAUUGGUGAAAAUAGAGCCAUUAGCAGCACCAUAACAGGAGCAAGCUACAAACAGCGGCAUAAUGACAACAAGGGAGGGGUGCACUUUUUCAGCCACUGAAACAGCCACUGCAUUAGAUGAGAGAACUUCUGCUGGUGUCAGGAUGCUGAAAUAUGCUAUGUUAACAAGAGUGUAGCAAAAUGUGACGAGAGGGAGAGCAAUCAUGACUCCACGUGGUAGAUUCUUGUGAGGGUUUUGCAGCCCCUCUGUGACAUAAUUGAGUUGGUUCCAGCCAUCAUAAGCUCAAAGUCCACUAAAGAAAGCAUGGGCGAUUUCUACAAUAUUUGGUUUUGUACCUUUAAAAGGAGACUAAAAAUUCUCAUAGUGUCCAGUGACAAUUUGAGAAGCCCCAAUCAAGACUAUAAUGCCAAUAGCCAGUAAUUUCAAUACCAUAAAAAUGACCCGCAUCUGACCAGCCCAUCGUGAACUUACACAGUUCACAGUCGUAAUCAAAAUGAUACAGACAGCAGCUAUAAAUUUGAUAAGCUGUUCAGUGUCCAUGUCUUUCUCAUUCAAAAAUGACUGAAUAGCAUAUGAUGCGAAACUCAAUGUAAUGAUGGCUACAGAGGCUGGCUUCAAUAUCAGAACCAUUGUCCAGCUUACUAAAAAACCUGCUAAUGGACCUAACGCUUCACGAAUGUAGGUAAGUUCGCCACCAGAACGUUGAAUCAUUGUCCCCAGCUCACAGUAGCACAAAGCUCCAGACAUUGCCAUAACACCAGAUGAUAUCCAUACCAUUAGGGUAACACCAACUGAACCAGAAUGCAAAAGGACAUAACGUGGUGACACAAAUAUUCCAGAGCCAAUCAUAACCCCUACCAUUAAAGAGAUGCCCUUUAACAGCGUCACACUUCUGGACAGUUUAACAUUACUAUGGUGAUUCCGGUGGGGCUUUUUUGCAAUUUGACAAAUUUCUCUUCUGCAGUUGCUUUGUUCUCAUGGAAUGACAAACUGCUGGUCACCACAAAAUCUUCUUGUUCAAUCAUCUUCAUCGUGUUUUCUGUAUUUUCCACACUUGAAUGAGUUUGGUUCAGCCUCGUACCCUGGCCAGUUCGCGCUAUCCGAGUUACCAGAGGAGGCUUGGAACCGAGUCCUUGGCGAACUUUCUCGACAAGCUUGACAGGUGACGUCACAUCCGAAAUCGCCGAGGACGACUGGGAACGAGGCUGAGUUUGGUUUUCAUUCACAGCCUUGGCAUCUAUUGACGAAAAAGAUUGCAUUACAUAGAUAUAAUUUUAAACAACAACACUGAUACUAUCUGUAGAAACAAAAGCAAGCAAGUAAACUUGUAUCUUUCUCGCGAGCUAAUAGAAAUUGAAUGAAAACUGCCUCUAAUAAAUGAUUGCACACGUACUCAUUUAAAAUUUUCUACAAAGAACGCCAGGAGUUUGAACCAAAACUGCCAAGGGAUAUUUUAAAAAUGUCGAGGAACAAGUCAUUCUACUUUAGAGCAAGGUUUGGAGUAAUUUAUAGCGCUUUUAAAACUAAAAAUUACUUUUUAAAGAAUAGCACGAUAAGCAAUCGGCUUUUGUUUUAUGAAUUAACAAGCACUGAAUUUACUUGUCCCGAAAAUUCAAACUGGUGUCUUCUUCUACCUGAUAGUAAUUUAUUUUUGAAAUUCCAAAACAAUUUCACAUCAGAAUUUUGAGCUACUUAUAGUUACGGGCUUCUGCUCCAACGAUUCUUCUGAAAAUCCUCUAGUGUAUUUGUUAUAUCAAUUAAAGCCGAUUCCAGAAAUUUCAGUAAAAAAUAUCGGCAAAAUUUUUUACUAGAAGCGAUUUUCUUGGAACAGUAGGGUCCUUUUAAGCGCUAAUUUCUCAAGAAAUAUUUACCAUCAACGAAAUCGGAAUAUUUCGUACUAUUGUCGAAUGAUAUCUGCUGUUCUUUGCAAAGGUUCGCAGCCAUCGCGUUCAAAACGAAAAAGUUAUGACGAAAACUUCGUCACAACUAAAUGCGCCAGUAUUAAUGAUGGAGCCACCUUAAACUGACAUUUUCGUAGCUGUUGCUGCCGUUGUUGCUUUGUUUGCUUUGUUGUUCUUUCUCGCGAGCUAAUAGAAAUUGAAUGAAAACUGCCUUUAAUAGCGGGGCUCCCGCGCGCGCGAAGCGCGCGUGGGACAGAGCCCCAUACCCAUGGAAUAUGGUCAACCUCUUUUCGUUUGGUUGUCACGUGAUUGACCGAGCGUACGUACGUACGCGUCUACAGAUUGUAUGGGUGGGGUAGGGGAGACUAUCAAAAGGAAGGGAGGGGUGUCUCAGGCGUGUCUUGGCAAGUCCACAUCUUUAAUAUAGGACAUUAACAAUAUGGUCAAUUGACAGCUGUCCAAACAGGAUAGCCACUGACCAGUAUCCCAUGACCAUAUCGCGGGCUCAUGUGUCAACUCAUCGAGGUGACGUGAUUUAUUUGGAAGCUGUCCGCUGACCAGUUAACUGUUUUACUAGAUCGCGAACAACGUUCAAUCUCAUACUUUUACUAGUUUGGGAGCACAGGAAAACUGAUAGUGCACACAUAUUGGACAUCAAUGUUUUGAUCAAUUGACAGCUGUCAAAACAGAGUACCCGCUGACCAGUAUCACUUGACCGUAUCGCGGGCUCAGGUGUCGACCCGUCGAGGUCAAGUAUUUUUUGAAGUUAUCCGCUGACAAGUAAACUAGUUUUCAAGUGAUCGCAGGCUCAAGUUCAAUUUUUUUUCUUAAUUCAUAUGAAAUAUGUUGUGUUUAUGUGCUGCACAAUUAAAAUUUUGAUUGCAAACUGACCUCGGACGUGAAAAUUUAGCCAGCUGUUACAGGCAGGGAAGACAGUUGCUUUUGUUUUUUCUCACAAUGGUCACGCGUUGGUCACGCUCUACGUCCAAUUUUUAUGCUCUGAUUGGUCAAAAUUUGACAGGUGAGUUCAUGCGCAAAAUUUAUGCAGCAUCUUGAAUCUUGUUUACUUUAACAGCUGAAGCUGACAGAGUUUUGUGUCAACUUGUGAUGUUUUUAACUGUCUUUUUCCACUGGAUGUACAAAAUGAAAUUCAGCUGCUAUCAGGAGUCUUCUGUUACUCAUGGCUAGUUUGUUUAUUGGGUUUUUGGUUGAGAAAACGUCGCUUGUCAAAGUCGGAAAUCCGAUUUCGGAUGGCAUCGUUUUCGUUUUCACCUUGCUUGAUGCGUAAGAGGAUUGCAAAGUCUGAAGCGAUACUGGCUUUACCUGAUAACUUUCAGGAGCUGCAUCUCGAAUGGUAAGCCAGAGAAAUUAUUGUAUUUCAUGUUUGUUUUUUGUAUCUAAUUUAAUGAAGUGGAGCGUAGUUUAUGCGGUAAUUUAGUUUAUGCGCGUUUGUAAGAUUUGAGACAACGAUCUCACCGAGUAUCUGGUUUGAUAUAAUCUUACAGAACUUUAAAAAGCCUUUGGACAGUUUCUCACCGCAAAUAGAAAGAAAAUGUUCCAAAGAAUCUUUAGUUAUAAUUCCAGCCGGAAAAGAAAGCUUUGAGCGAUUUUCUUGCCUCGACUUCGUCUUUGAAAAAAUAAACACCGGGAAGCUGGCUUAAAACAUAAACUUCAGCAAACUUAAGCUUGAAGCUUGAAGAUUCAGGAUAUUUAGGGACACUUUAAUACUUGUCUUCCUGAAUGAAAAUUGUUGUCUCUGUUUAUGUUUCACCGAAUUAUAUUUCUUUUAUUGAUUGUUAGUAGUCUCUCUUGCAAUUUUAAUCGCUAUGCCGAUUGUUUUCAGUCGUUCAGUGAACAUCGCUUGCAGGAGUUCUCAAAAUGCCGCGCGUUAAACCAUCAAAUAAAAAAUAAACAUGAUAAAUUCUUUAUUAUCUUGGAGCGUAACUCUGUUAAUGUUCAUUCAAACACUCGCUACAG